CAGAUGAAGAGAUGAGCAAACCUGAUAAAACAGAUGAAGAGAUGAGUCAAACUACUGAAGCAGAUGAAGAGAUGAGCCAAACUACUGAAGUGGAUGAAGAGAUGAGCCAAACUGAUGAAGCAGAUGAAGAGAUGAGCCAAACUGCUGAAGCAGAUGAAGAGAUGAGCCAAACUAAUGAAGUUUAUGAAGAAGAAGUUGAUGAAGAAGCCAGAUUUAAAAAAGCUGGAACAUUGAUAGAUGAU